GUUGGUAAAACUUCUUUAUUUAGAUAUGUAUCGUAUUGACUACCAUGAUGAGAUACACACUCCUACUAUAUUUCAUAAAGUAUUAUGAAUCUUUUUUUUAUCAGACAAUUGUUCGAGGGGAUAGUUCUUCCAAGUUUGAAAAUGGGCCAAUAUCUGUAACACGAUCAAACUCUCUGAGAAAAGAAAGCCCUCUUAUUCAUCAUCAUGACCAUCACCCAAAAUGGAUGAUGCCUCCUCCUAUAUACGAAUAUGAUGAACCAUAUCAAACAUACAUACCAUCAAUGGGUGGACCUCUUCCUCCUCAUGCUCUUUAUCCAAGUCAUCAACACACUCCCUCUUCUGCUCGUCGUCCACAAACUCAAUACCAUUUACGUUAUGAAAAGAAGACCACUCACCAGUUAGGUGAACAUAGACAUACUGUUCAUCACCAGUUGAACAACAAACACAGGGAUUAUAAUUUAUAUAAAAAUAACACUCCGUUGAUUUCAGGACCAUACCCAGAAAGACAGGUCAGAAAUUUUGAUAUGGAUCACUAUAGUCACCAGAUAAACUAUGAUCAGCAAACAGGUCACAUUAAUGAAGCACAGUCUUCAUUAGAUAAAUAUUCAUCUGAACAACUUAUACACGUUAAAAAAGAUCACGGGAACUCUAGUCAGUUCCGAAGUCAUGUUCAACACAAUCAACAAGCAAAACUGUCCCAGAAGAAACGAAUCGAAUCAGAAGUUGUUUUAAAAGGUGCACACUCCAGUGACGACCAGAAAAACAGUUUUGUAGACCCUUUUCAGAAUAUACCACACACCAAAAAUGGAACCAAAAAACAUCUAGACGGACAGAAACUUUCAAAUCAUAUUGUAUAUGUUCCUCCACAGUCUGAAGGAGGCCAGCAGGUAGAGGUACCUUCCAAGUCCAACCCAGAGUCGAGCCAGGAAACCAUGGAGCAAGCAGAGUUUAAUCGUCAGCAGAGACUGUCCCAUAAACAGUUUCGAGCUGCUUUACAAAUGGUUGUAAGCCCUGGAGAGCCUCGUGAGAGGUAUGAUAACUUUGUAAAAGUUGGAGAAGGUUCAACUGGUGUUGUUUAUGCAGCUAUAGAGAAAACAACAGGUCAGAGAGUAGCUGUAAAAAAAAUGGACUUACAGAAGCAACAGAGAAGAGAGCUUUUGUUCAACGAGGUUGUGAUCAUGCGGGACUACCAUCAUUCCAACAUUGUUAAUAUGUAUGAUAGCUACUUGGUCGGCGAUGAAUUGUGGGUCGUGAUGGAGUUCCUAGAAGGUGGAUCCUUAACUGACAUUGUAACACAUUCCAG